AUACAUAGUUAUAGUUGACGUAGGCUAUAGGCAAGAGUAUUAGUUUUAGUUGGUUUAUAAUACGACUCGCAUAAGAUAUUUUUUAUUUUGACGAAUAUGGUUUACAAUUGUGUGUUCGGCGUCAUUUGGUAUUUCAUUUUUUUAGAUUUAACGAAUGGUCAAUUCGGAUACAGCAAAGACGAGCAGGCAAGAUGGCAGGAACAACACAGAUCGUGUGGAGGUGAUUUACAAUCUCCAAUUAAAAUCGAUAGUUUAAAGGCAAUUCCCAUAAGGAUGCCUGCAUUAGAAAUGAUACGGUAUCAUGAUCUAUUACCAGGUCCCUUACUGCUACAUAAUAACGGUCAUUCAGUGUCUCUUAGUAUUGCCCAUUCUCCACCUAAUCAACCCGAUGUCGGAUUUAUUCCUUACGUAUUUGGCGCUCGAUUGACAAAUGAGUACGAAUUAGAAGGUCUUCAUUUCCAUUGGGGUGAUAAGAAUAAUUUAGGAUCCGAACAUACCUUUAAUGACGUCAGAUUUCCUAUGGAAAUGCAUAUGGUGCAUAGAAAUAGAAGAUAUCCAACUGUGGAAGAAGCAAUGAACCAUACCGAUGGACUAGCAGUUCUUGCCUUCUUUUUUCAGCUUCGUGAAAAUGACAACAGACCGCUGAAUCAACUUGUAAGAUAUCUACCUCACGUUUACGCACCAAACGCAAGCCUUAUCUUAAAUGAAACGUUCACACUGGCAUCCAUUUUACCUCCUACUGAAGACUUGGAGAGAUUCUACAUGUACAGGGGAUCUCUUACAACACCGCCGUGUUCAGAAGCCGUCACAUGGAUACUAUUUCCAAAUCCUAUGCCUGUAUCAGUUGUCCAAGUAAUAAAAAAUUUUCGUUCAACCCCUAGAGGAAAUAGAGAGAUCUGAAGUUAAGAAAAAAAUUACUUUGGAAUCUAGAAAGAUGAAGAUCUCCAAGCGAUCAGCAAAGCAAAAUUACGACCAAAACUGUCCCAGUCUUGGUACCGGUCCUGACCUUGCUUAUUCAGUCUUGAUU